CAUGCAUACACAUAUAUAUACACAUCAAUGUCAUCCUCCCAUCAUGAGUGGAUCUACGAGGUCUUCAUCAACUUCAGAGGGGAAGAUGUUCGUAACAACUUCGUUCCUCAUCUCUAUGCUGGCCUUUCAAAUGCAGGAAUCCACACUUUCAUUGAUUACAAGCUUCACAAGGGAACAGAGUUAGGCCCAGAACUAAUGCGAGCCAUAGAAGGCUCUCGGAUAGCAUUGGUUGUCUUCUCCAGAACCUAUGCCAAAUCUAGGUGGUGUCUUAAUGAGCUGGUGAAGAUCAUGGAGUGCCACACAAAUUAUGGCCAGGUUGUUGAACCUAUAUUUUACGAUGUUGAUCCUUCUGAUGUGCGUAAUCAGAAGGGUGCUUUUGGAAAAUCUUUGGAAGAACUUGUACGAAAUACAUACUCCGGGAUAGAGAUGUUAGAUGCGUGGGGCAAGUGGAAGAGAGCACUCUCUGAAGCUGCAGAUUUGGUAGGUUGGGAUAUCAGGAAUUGCAGGAAUGAAGAUGAACAAGUGAGAGAUAUCUUAAAGGAUGUUUCGGAAAAAUUGGGCCAUACAUUUUUGUCUGUUGCUAAAUUUCCAGUUGGAUUACAGUCCCGUAAGGAAGAAGUGAUUGAGUUUAUUGAAAAUCAAUUAACGGAAGGUUGUGUAGUGGGGAUCUGGGGAAUGGGAGGAUUGGGUAAAACAACGACAGCAAAAGCCAUCUAUAAUCAAAUUUAUCGCAGAUUCAUGAACAGAAGUUUCAUUGAAAAUAUUAGAGAAAAUUGCAAAACGGCUGACAAAGGGUAUGCUUAUUUACAAGGAAAACUUCUUUCAGAUGUCCUAAAAACAAAGGUGGAGAUACAUAACGUUGCAAUGGGGAUAACUAUGAUCGAGGAAAGACUUUGUGGGAGUAGAACACUCAUUGUACUUGAUGAUGUGGAUGAUUUUGAUCAAUUAAAUUUCCUAUGUGGAAACCUUGAAUGGAUAGGUUCAGGAAGUGUAUUAAUCGUUACAACCAGAAAUAUAAGAAUGCUUGAUUUCCUUAAAGCUAACCGUGUCUUUGAAAUGAAGGAAAUGGACGAAAAUGAGUCCCUUGAGCUUUUUAGUUGGCAUGCAUUUAGGGAAGCAAAACCAACAAAAGAAUUCACCGAGCUAUCGAUAAAUAUGGUUUCUUACUGUGGAGGACUACCACUGGCUCUUGAAGUUCUUGGAUCUCAUUUAUUUAAAAGGAAAGAGGAACAGUGGAACAGAGUACUGUCAAAACUGAAAGAACGUACUCCCCAAAAGAAAGUUCAAGAUAUAUUAAGAAUAAGCUAUGAUGGUUUACAGAGUUACAUGGAAAGGGAAAUAUUUCUUGACAUAUGUUGUUUCUUUAUUGGUAAAGAAAGAACCUAUGUUACAAAGAUACUAAAUGGCUGUGGACUACAUGCUGAUGAUGGAAUAGCAACCUUGAUAGAAAUGAGUCUCAUCAAGGUUGAAAAUGAAAACAAGCUUGCAAUCCAUGAUCUGCUACGUGACAUGGGAAUAGAAAUUAUCCGUCAAAGUUCACCAAAGGAACCUGAGAAACGCAGUCGAUUAUGCAUUCUGGAGGAUGUCGUUGAUGUGUUGACAGAACAUAAUGGAACAAAAGAAAUUGAGGGAUUGGCUUUGAAGUUGCAAACAAGUACAAUUUGCUUCAACACCAAAGCAUUUGAGAAUAUGAAGAGAUUAAGACUUUUGCAACUUGAUCAUGUACAACUUUAUGGAGAUUAUAAGUAUCUUAACAAAAAGUUAAGAUGGGUCUGUUGGCAAGGAUUUCCUUCAGAAUACAUACCAAUCGAUCUUUAUCAGGGAAAUGCAGUUGCAAUUGACUUAAAACGCAAUAAUCUUAAACUUGUAUGGAAGGAGCCCCAGUUGCUGGAAAGGCUAAAAUUUCUCAAUCUUAGUCAUUCCAAUAAUUUGAAAAGCACCCCUGACUUUUCGAAGUUACCAAGUCUUGAAAAGCUCAUUCUCAAAGACUGUCCAAAUUUGUGCAUGGUACACCAGUCCAUUGGAGAUCUCCGCAAUCUUGUUCUCUUAAAUUUGAAAGAUUGUAUACGACUCAACAAUCUCCCAAAAAGUAUCUAUAAGUUGCAAUCUAUAAAAACUCUCAUCAUUUCUGGUUGUUCAAAGAUUGACAGGCUAGAAGAAGAGAUAGUGCAAAUGGGAUCCUUGACAACUCUAUAUGCAGACAAUACAGCUAUUAAACAAGUGCCCUCUUUGAUAGUAAAAUCAAAAAGCAUUGGAUACAUAUCCAUAUGUGGAUACAAAGGAUUAUCACGUAAUGUGUUUCCUUCUAUCAUUUGGUCUUGGAUGUCACCUACAAUUAAUCCCCUAUCUCAAAUCCAUCCACUUUGGGCUAUGUCAUCAUCGUUAGUUUCCAUGGAUGUGCAAGCAAGCAAUUUGAAUGGUCUAGCUCCAACGCUUUGCAUCCCGUCAAAACUUCGAAGUGUUUUGGUUCAAUGUGAUAUGGAAAUUCAGCUAUCUAAAGAAUUAAGAACAAUUAUGAAUGACAUAUAUGGUGCAAAUUUUAUUGAAGGAGUAGCAUCUACAUCACAAAUCCCAGAGCAUUCAUUGAGGUGUAAUUUGAUUGCAAUGGGAAGCUGCGGAGAGGUCUUCAAUAUCCUCAAGAAGAGCACACUAAAGGGAUUGACAACUACCGAAUCUUUGGAUGCUUUUCUCCCUGGUGACAACUAUCCUUAUUGGUCGACCCAUACGAGGGAAGGACAUUCAGUGCCUUUCAGAGUGCCUGGGGGUAGUAAUUGUUGCAUGAAAGGAAUUACUUUGUGUGUUGUUUAUUCAUCACCCCCGGAAAUCACAGCAGAUGAAAGCCUUGUUUGUGUCUUGAUGGUUAAUUACUCUAAGCAGACUAUCCAGGUCUGCAAGCGAGACACAAUAACUUCCUUUAAUAAUGAAGAUUGGCAGGGUUUAACAUCAAAUCUAGGACCUGGUGACAAUGUGGAAAUUUUUGCAGUUUUUAGACCUGGUUUGACUGUUAUGAAGACUGCCAUCUAUCUAAUAUAUGAUCAACCAAUUGCUGUGAAAAUAGAGCCAUCAAGUACAGUGAUCUUGCAACGAUCACCUAAUGGGAGAAUGGAGCUAUCAACUAAUGUGACAAUGGAUCCAUCACCUGAAGUGAAUGAGCAGCCAUCACCUCACAUGGAAAAUUCAUCCUCGAAGCCAAAGAAAAAAAUCCACACAAGACUAAGAAAGAGAAUGGGAAAAUGUUUAUGCUUGAAUAGAGAUGUUAUUCAUGAAUCAGAAUAA